AAAACCAGAUAGUCUCAGGCAUCCUGCACUGCAAACCUUGACACCUCAAGCGGAGACAUGCACACUCUGUCCUCUCCCCUGCUGGUCCUACUGGUGAUUCUCCUGAAGCAGCAUACCUGUCGUGCCGAGGGGAUCAUCAAUGGCAGCACUGCAGCAGAUAAAGCCAUGCAGUACAUGGCAUCAGUACAGAUCAAUGGAAAGCAUGUCUGUGGAGGCUUUGUCAUUAAGCCCAACUUUGUACUGACAGCAGCUCAUUGCAAUGCAAGAGGCAAAAUGAGUGUUGUUCUUGGGGCGCACAACUUACAUAAAACAGCGAAAAAUAAGCGUUUCUACAUCAAAAACCAAGACAAACUUAUCCCUGAAUUAUACAAAGGAUUCGAAACUGGAAACGAUAUCAUGCUGUUGAAGCUGUCUGGGAAAAUUGGCAAAGGUGUGAAAACGGUGCAAAUCCCCUCAUCUAACAAGAUGAAGAUGAAAAAUUCCACAAAGUGCUUGGUCGCUGGUUGGGGUAAAACAGGUAGCAAGAAUGAAGUAUCAAAUCAGCUCCAAGUGGCUCACGUUCAAGUCGUCGGUCUCCAAGACUGCCAGACAGCGUGGAAUCAGAACGGCAUCAAGACAGAACUUCCUGAAAGUGUUAUGUGCGCCAAAGGUUUCAACCGGAAUGGUCCGAGCAAGGGAGACUCUGGAGGUCCUUUGGUGUGCAAUGGCAUGGCUUUGGGUAUUGUCUCAUUCAACCUGAACGAACGGUAUAAACAGAUCAUCCCUGCUGUCUACACUCAAAUCUCAAAAUUCCUACCGUGGAUUAAAAGCAAAAUGUAAGGCCCUUCCUUAGAGGAAAUGCAUAGUUGUUGCAUAGCUGAGCCUAUAAAUGUAAUGUAAUCAGAUAUGUAUGUCAAUAAUGUCAUUGGUGUCAUGAACAUUUGCUUUCUUUUAUUGAUGAAUAAUAAAUAAACUUUCCACAUUGCUCUGGAAAUGCUGCACCUUU